AUCACUGGACACCCACUGGCUCCACUCCUGGUGAUCGCAGAAACAGCUGAAGCUGAGGGAUCCAUUUGCCAUGGACAUCACUUCCACUGAUUAUGAUUAUGGUGAUGUUGUACACCCUACUCUAAGACCACUGGAUAUUCCUUCAGGUGUGAAUGCAUACAAGUGGGUUGCAAUAUUUUUGUACGCCCUUGUGAUCAUUCUUGGUGUUCCUGGGAAUGGUUUGGUGGUAUGGAUAACAGCCUUUGAGAUGAAACGCUCGGUGAACACUAUAUGGUUUUUGAAUCUGGCAGUGGCCGACCUUCUGUGCUGUCUCUCUGUGCCGUUUAUUAUCAUGAAUAUAACUGUGGGAUGGCCCCUUGGCCUUUUCGCCUGCAAGUUUAUCCCUUCCAUUCUUUUGAUCAACAUGUUUGCCAGCGUCCUUCUCUUGACUAUGAUCAGCAUUGAUCGGUGUGCCUUGGUGAUGAGACCCGUAUGGUGCCAGAACCACAGGACUCUGAGAAAGGCUUAUGUAGCAUGUGCGCUGAUGUGGAUCCUGGCCAUCAUCUUGAGUAGCCCAUCCUUCAUAUUUCGUAAUGUCAAUAAUUCCAGUGGAAAAGUAGAGUGUAAACAAGACUAUUCGCUAACUGGACACAAUACUCAACAAAGGGUGGAAAACUUUAUUGCCAUUUCCCGUCUACUAUUGGGCUUUAUCAUUCCACUUCUUGUCAUUGUCACCUGCUAUAGCAUACUAGUUAAAAGGGUUAAAGAUCGAUUUACAAAGAACACCAAGACCACAAAAGUGGUCCUUGUAGUCAUCAUUGGCUUCUUCAUAUGUUGGCUUCCUUACCAUGUGGCAGGACUAAUUCUGGCUUUACAUCCAAGUCACUCAGAGUUAUACCAAUUCACCGACACUGUUGACACCAUAUUUGUCGCCAUCGCUUUCAUGAACAGUUGUAUUAACCCCAUCAUUUACGUGCUAAUGGGCCAGGAUAUCAAAAGCAAAUUUAAAAGAUCAAUCAGAUUAAUUGUAAAAAAUGUCCUGGCAGAAGAAGUGAGUGAGUCCGUUUUUGACUCCAAGAAAUCAAAGUCAAUAUCAGAAACCAAGAAUACAGAAGCUUCUGUGUAAAUGAAUAGUAUAUUAAAGUGUAUAAUUCAGGUAUCUGUGACAAAAAUGUUGCCGGAUUUGUAUACAUGUACAGUAUUUCAUAGUGUGGGGCACUAGAGGCAUACUGUUUGUACAGUAUGGAGUGAGGGUAUGCCCACUCCCUCAUAGCAUAAGGUUAUAAGUCUGUGUUGUCUAGUGCAGUGUUCCUCAACUCCAGUCCUCAGGGUCCACCUGUCAGUUAUGUUUUGAGGAUUU